UCAGUCAAUGAAUCCAGCUGUCUGUCAAUACUCCUCGUUGCCGUCAACAACAUUGUUUAACCGUGUGUAAUUUGUUAAUUUGUUAGGUAUCGAAUAAAUUAUUACUAAAAGCUGUACGUUGUACGAGUUUGUCAGUUUUGAGAGUAUUGCCUUCAAAUAAUUAAAGUUUAGAUAUGGCAAGUGAAGUUGAAGAAACUCUCAAACGUAUCCAGUCACACAAAGGAGUUGUGGGAACGAUUGUCGUCAAUGCAGAAGGAAUACCGAUAAAAACCACCAUGGACAACACCACAACAGUGCAGUACGCAGGGUUGAUCAGCCAGUUGUCGGAUAAGGCUCGUAGUGUUGUUCGAGAUCUGGACCCUUCAAACGAUUUAACGUUUCUCAGAAUACGAUCGAAAAAGCAUGAAAUUAUGGUAGCGCCAGAUAAGGAGUUUAUUCUGAUUGUCAUACAAAACCCAGCAGAGUAAAUCGCUCUCAUAUUUUAAUGUUCUUCACUGUUUUGUUUAUUUAUUGAUAUUGCUCACUAAUCACCGAUGUAAAUUAGCUGCUUAAAAUUUAUUAUUAAAACAGAUUUUCACUAA